CUGAUAUAGUGAAGGUAGUACAGCGGGCAGGCUUCAUUGGGCUGGACACGUAGCCAGGAUGCCUGACGAGAGAGCCGCCAAAACUAUCUUCAGUAGAGAACCAGGAAGAGGCAGUCGACUCCGUGGUAGGCCUCGCACGCGGUGGAUGUGCGCGGUGGAAGAAGAUGCACGAUCUGCUGGUGUACGGGGAGACUGGAGAACGGCUGCCCAAGACAGAAGAAGCAGGACAUCUCUAAUUCGUUCGGCCCUAGACCGGUGAACGGUCCGUUAGCCAAAAAAGUAAAAUCAACGACGCUCGGCCGGUUCCGCCUUUCCGGUGCGAAGAAAUAGAAAGAAAUCAGUUGGCCAGAGAGUGGAAGAGCUGGAAAUCGUCACUUGAGUUUUAUUUCGAAGCGUACGGUGUAUCGGACCAGAAGGUGAUGCGGGCCAAGUUAUUGCACUUCGGUGGCAAUCAGUUGCAACGUGUUUACGAGAAUUUACCUGACGCUAAUAAGAUUCCCGUGGUGUCUACUAAAGAAAACUGGUUCGAUGCUGCGAUUGCCAAAUUCGACGGAUUUUUUUAACCCGGCCACCAAUGCAUUCUCGAACGUUGCCGAUUGCGGAAGAUUCGACAAGAGAAAAACGAGAGGUUUGCUCACUUCGUGAUGCGUAUACGUCAGCAACUGGCUGACUGCGGUUUUGAAAAGUAUGCCAUAGAUGUACGAAGCGUCCUCACGGAGAUUUUUAUCGUUGACAUCAUUGUGGAGGGCUGCGCAUCGGAAGAGCUGAGACGAAGGAUUCUGCAGAAGGACGUAACGGUGUCAGAGAUCGAAGAGAUGGGCUCCAUGAUGGAGGGAAUCGAGCAGCAAGUAAAAGAUUUGGGCUCACUGAAAACUGGUGAAGGCGCUUCGGAAAAGGUGUUCCGGGUGGAAACCAAUCGAGGAAAAAAAACGCGUCCGGUAGACAUCAAACGGAAUUACGAGGCUUCGAACUUUGUUACUUGUUACAGCUGCGGUGUAAAGGGACAUGUCUCUUCCUCGAAGGAUUGCAAAGCUCGGAAUCAAACGUGCCGUAAAUGCAACCGAAAGGGGCAUUUCGAAGCUGUUUGCGGGAAGAGACCGAAUCGAUUCGUCGAAAAUCGGAAAUGGUCCAAUGGUGAACCAAAGGAAAAAAAGGUCCGUCUUUUGGAAGAAGUGAAAAUUGAUGCGGAUGCUGCAUCAACCAUUGGUGAUGCCGACCAGGAAGCGAAACCCAGUCAAAAAUCAUAUUACUGUUUUUAUUUGGGAACCAAGAAUAACAAUCUCGAGUUUACACUGGGUGGCGUUUCUAUUAACAUGUUGGUAGACUCAGGAUCUGACGUGAAUUUGCUUACUGCCCUUGAGUGGGAAAAGCUCAAACAACGAGACGUGCGAGUCCAGCAGAUGGCGAAAGGCUCAAAGGAUGUCAUUAAAGGAUAUGGCAGCGAUAUGCCACUGCAAAUUAUAGGAUCGUUCGUCGCCAAGGUUUCCAUUGGUGCCAAGGCGGUCAUGGCCAAAUUCUUCGUGGUUAAUGAUGGGCAACGUUGUCUGAUGGGAGAUGCAACCGCAAAGGCACUCGGUGUGCUGAGAAUUGGACGUGAAGUGAACCAGUUAGAGCGAGACACAGUACCCUUUGCUAAGAUAAAAGACGUGCAAGUCCAGAUUCAUAUGGAUGCUUCGGUCAAACCAGUGUUCCAACCUGUACGCCGUGUACCGAUUCCUUAUGAAGAGGGCAGUAAACAAGAAGCUAGACCAGUUAUUGGCCCAAGAUAUCAUUGAGGUGAAUAUUGAAGAAUAAUCCUUAA